UGCUGUCUGUUUGUUUACAUUCUUGCCUAGUUGGCUAGGAGGAUUCCUAUAAUUCUAAUUUUUUUUAUUAUAACAGAGAUGUUUAUCUUCUGAAACUAUUUUCAAUUUAUGGUAUAUGCCCUUCAUUUUUCAAUCAUCAAAUAUGUCCGUGAAUAGUAUCGACAGACACCUGAAAGUGAAAUGUAUUCCAUCUCUCUGUUUUAAUAAAGAUGAUUUCGUUUCGAAUGAAUUCAGUGUGGAUAAAUUUGUCAGUGAGUGUAGGAAGUAUGCAUCUUUGGAUACAAUGCGUGAUGACCUCAAUAUUUUUCAUAAAAUAUUAUGUACUGCCAUGAUUGAGUUGCUGAAUAAAGAUUAUGCUGAUUUUGUGAAUCUGUCAAGCAAUUUGGCUGGUUUGGACAAAUCAAUUAAAAGCCUCAGUUUGCCAUUACAGAGCUUAAAAAAUGAAAUAAAUGAAACAAAGACAAAUUUAGAUAAAACCCUCCUGUCUGUUACGAAAAUGUUCUCUGAAAGAGCUUCAAUUCACUGCUCAAAAAUUUUGAUAUAUCAUCUUCUAAUUAUUGAAGAAGGUCUGGAAAAAAUACAUCUCUUGAAUGCAGAAGAUAAUCAUAACUUUCAAGAUAUCGAAAUAUUAGAAAGAAUAGCAAUUGCUUUCAACAAUGUUCAGUUCCACUUGCAUAAAAUUAUUGACUGCAAGAAUUAUUCUGUCAAGGAAGAAGUUAUAGCUAAUGUCGCAAAAAAUUUAGAACAACAACUUCAGGCUGUAUUCCUUCAAAGUCUUUCAGAUGAUAUGCACAAACAAGAUUUACAUAAAAUACUCCGUAUCUAUUCUUAUAUUAGUGAAGAAAAUAAAGUUGAGAGUAUUUUUCGAGCAUCAGUUGUUAGACCUGUCAUGAAAAAUCUUAUCACUCAGAAUAACAUUACAAAAUUGGGUUUGGAAAAAGUAUUAAAUGACAUCUUAAAUUUUAUACCAAACACCUGUAAUGAUGUUUUGAAAAUGACCAGGAGGACAAACAAGGAUUCAGAAAUUGUACCCGGGUAUGACUUUUUAGUAAAUGCAGUUUGGCCCGAAAUCAUUGAAGCUUUUCAGUAUAUAGCUCCAGUAUACCUCUAUUCACUUGGUGAUCCUCAACAGUUCCAUCAGAAUUACUGUGCAUUCAUGAAGUUUCUUGAUGAAUUUGAACAUAUUUGUGGGGUGCAGAGUAGUGUUGUAAAAUUACGAGGGCAAGCGACUUACAAAGAAUUUAUUCAAAAAUUUAACCUUGAUGUUUAUUUUCAAAUAAGAUUUCAAGAAAUUGCUGGAAGUUUUGAACGUAAUUUAUUUGAGGAAAGGCUCAUAAAAGAAGCAAAUAAUACAAAUUUGACAUACAAUUUGAAAGCCACGGUAUCUCUUUGGUCCUGUAUCAAUCUUUGUUGGUCUGAUUCUAUAUACCUUCCUUUCUUGAAAAGAGAUUUUUGGAGACUAACUAUUCAGCUGCUUUUUCGUUAUAACAAAUAUAUUCAUUGUUGUCUUAAAAAUAUUAAGGAAGAAACGUUUGAACUGGCUCUUUUAAUUAAAGAUGUUGAAUCACUUGUUCCUGCAUUGAAAAAGUUUUUCUAUGAAAUUAUCCAGAAGAAGUUGGAUUGUGAAUCUCUUAAUGAUAUUGUUAAAGCUGCCGUGGAAGAAAUAAUGGUAUUAUUAAAUGAAAUCCCUACUGCUGCUUCAAAAGUUAUUGUCAGAAUAUUAGUUGAGAAAUGUACAUCUCAUCUAAAAUUAAUCACCAGCAUUCCACAACGCUUUAGGAAAACUAACCGUGAAAUUCCAUCAAAACCAUCGCCAUAUGUCUCAUUAGUGCUGACUCCCUUAACCGAAUUUUCUGUGGGAACAAAAUCAGUAUUACCUACCAAGUGGUGUAAAUAUUGUGAACUCCAGGUUACAGAUGAAAUUAUGAAGCAGUGUGUUAUCUUAAUGCAAGAUGUCCUUACUUCCAUCAAAAAAAUGGAGGAUAGUUUAAAAAUAUUAAAAAGAGCUAGAGAUAAACCAGCACAUAACACUGGACAGAUUUCUUCUGGAGCUGUGACUGAUGAUGACAAGAUUCGCCGUCAGCUUGCAAUAGAUGUAACAUAUUUUGAAGAGCUGAUUCUUAAAUUAGGCUUGCAAGUGUCAGAUUUAAAAAGUUUCAAGGAGUUAAAAGACUUGGUAACUUCUGCUGAAAGAAUAUCUGGUUUCUCCUCUAGUUGAUGGUAUUGAUUUGCCUUAUAUAAUAUGCAGAACAGCUUUUUAUUUUUCUGGAGUAUUUGAAAUUUUGUACAUAUUUGUUUAAUAAGAUUUAUUUUAUAAUAUAAAAGUUUUUAUCAAAUU